AUGAAGUUCACUUCCGUCCUCGCCUCCGGCUUGCUCGCCACUGCUGCCAUUGCUGCCCCCCUUACAGAACAGCGUCAAGCUCGCCAUGCCCGUCGUAUGGCCCGCGCCUCCAACAGAUCGAGCCACCCUCCCUACAAGCCCGGCACCUCUGAGGUUAUCAAACUCAGCAACACCACUCAGGUUGAGUACAGCUCUAACUGGGCCGGUGCUGUCCUCAUCGGCUCAGGCUACACGUCCGUGACCGGCGAGUUCACCGUCCCUACCCCCAAGGUCCCAAGCGGUGGCUCUUCCAGCAAGCAGUACUGCGCCUCUGCCUGGGUCGGCAUCGACGGUGACACCUGCAGCUCUGCCAUCCUGCAAACAGGUGUCGACUUCUGCGUCCAGGGAAGCUCUGUCUCCUUCGACGCCUGGUACGAGUGGUACCCCGACUAUGCGUACGAUUUCAGUGGUAUCUCCAUCUCCGCUGGCGACAAGAUCAAGGUCACUGUUGAUGCGACCAGCAAAACCGCCGGCACGGCGACCGUUGAGAAUGUGACCAAGGGCAAGUCGGUCACCCACACCUUCACUGGUGGUGUGGAUGGCAACCUGUGCGAGUACAACGCCGAGUGGAUCGUUGAGGACUUUGAGUCCAACGGUUCUCUGGUGCCGUUUGCUAACUUUGGCACCGUCACCUUCACCGGUGCUCAAGCCACCGAUGGCGGUUCCACUGUUGGUCCUUCUGGUUCCACUCUUAUGGAUAUCCAGCAGAACGGCAAGGUUUUGACUUCGGUCUCUUCUUCAAGCAGCUCUGUCACUGUUUCGUAUGUCUAA